UAUUGGCUGCGGCGCGCGUCACUCAGCGGCACCGUCGGGGCUUUUCGCGUCGCUAUUGGCUGCGGCGCGCGGGGCCGGCUCCGCCCUCUGGAGCGGCGAGGAGGCGCGGGUGCAGCGAGCGCGCCGGGAGGCCACGGGGAUGCGACGGGCGACCGAGGAAGCGGCGGCCGGCGGGAGCCUCCCCCGCGGCGGGCGCUGAGCUGCCGGUACCGGGCGGGAUGGCGGCGGGCGGGAGCGGGGCCGGGGCGGCGGAGCUGGCCUGGAGCCCCGGGGCGGCGGCGCGCCCCCCGCCCGGUCUGGAGGCCAAACUGGGAUCGCUGGUGCUGCUGCUGCUGCUGCCCCUCGCCUGCGGCCUCGCCCCGCUCUGCUGCUUUCGGCAGCCCCCGGGCGCCGCCGCUGCCCGCAGCCCGGUGCUGAGCCUGGUGAGCUGCUUCGCCGGCGGCGUCUUCCUGGGCACCUGCCUCCUCGACCUCCUGCCUGACUACCUGGCCAGCAUCAGCGCCGCGCUGGAGGGGCUGCGCGUCACGCUCCAGUUCCCCCUCCCGGAGUUCAUCCUGGCCAUGGGCUUCUUCCUGGUGCUGGUGCUGGAGCAGGUGGCCAUGGUGCAGCAGGAGCCGUCGGCCGCGGCGGAGGAGACGCGAGCCUUGCUUCCCACCACCGCCUCCAUCCAAACGCCGCCAUCGUCCUCCUCGCCGUCCCCGCGCGUCCCCGCCGUCCCCGGGGGUGCCAUGCGCGCGGGGCUGCUGGUGCUGGCGCUGGCGCUGCACGCCGUGCUGGAGGGGCUGGCGCUGGGGCUGCAGGAGGGCGAGGGGGCCGUGCUGCGCGUCUGCCUGGCCCUGCUGCUCCACAAGUGCGCCGUGGCCUUCAGCCUGGCCCUCAAGCUGCUGGGGGGCCGCCUGCGCCCCCCCGCCGUGGCCGCCUGCCUGCUCCUCUUCGCCAUGAUGUCCCCGCUGGGGGUGGGGUUGGGGACGGUGGUGGCGGCGGGCGCGGGGCCGCGGCAGCGCCUGUGCCGGGGGGUGCUGGAGGGGCUGGCGGCCGGGACCUUCCUCUACAUCACUUUCCUGGAGAUUUUGCCCCAGGAACUGGGGGUGGCCCAGCACCGCGUCCCCAAGGUCCUCCUGCUCCUGGCCGGCUUCGCCCUCGUCACUGGCAUCCUCUUCAUCAAGAUCUGAGACGUGUCCCCCCGCUCCUCGCCGCGGUGGGGGUACAGCAGUGCCCUGGGGGGGACAACAGUGCCUUGGGGGGGUAACAGUGCCUU